AUGGGUCUUCCUAUGUACGUUUCUCCAUCUCUACCAAAGAGACAACUCCCACCAAAGCAACCACAACAACCACAGUCACCUCCAUAUACACCAUAUGAAGACACAGAUUUAGCUGGAGAACCUUAUUUGAAUUCAAGGACGAGUGCUUUUGGUAAUCGUCGAUAUUUUCUCCAUCGAAAUGUUUCUUCGUCUUCGCUUCCAUAUAAUAGUGAAUACUCUGUUUAUGGAGGCGGGGUCAACGGUGCCGGUUCUUAUCGUUCGUCUGAGCUAAGCCCGACUGACCAACAACCAAUAAUAGAGAUACCAGAAUUACUUCAACCAAGGAAUUCCGUUUCUCAACAACCACCACAUAGCAACAACCAACCACGAACACAUAGAAUAAGAUCUAUAUCUUAUAAUAAUUUGGUUCAACAGCAUAUUCAAAGGCUACAUCACCUUCAACAUUUACACCGUACAAGGGAACAACAGCUUGCCUCAUCAAAUUUAGCUACUAGGCCUCUUGCUGCUGCUGCCCAAAAUCUUUUUCCUACAAACGAUGAUCAACAAGAAUCUCAGGAUGAAUUUAUUGAUCUAAAUUUUGAGGAUGUACCAUCUCAUAGUGUAUUUAGGCGUGUAAAUUUACUUCGUCAACUCGUUCAACAACAAGAUAAUCGCGUUAUGCGACCCACAUCUAGACAUCACAGAUCAUCUUCAAGUCAUGGUAGAACAUCAAAUACUAGAAUAUUAUCAUCUCCAUCUUCCACACAAUCAAGGGAUGACCUCCUUCAACGUGGAAUUGAUGUUCCAACACUAAUUCGAGUUUCAAGUACUCACGUUCCACCACCUACAUUUUCUCAUAUUCCAAAUCAUUCUUUACCUCCAGUACCAAGGCGUCUUCCAGCAUGGCAUAGUAUUAGAAGGAGUACUAAUUUUUCGAAUGAGCCUAGAUCUUUAGUUGAUGAUGAAUUUUAUCCUGCAGAUAUCCCACUUAGUGCUUUUGAAUAUGAUUCUGAAAGUUCUAUAGAAAAUGGUCAUACUUCUCGUAUAUUAUCUCCAAUACCAAGGAGGUAUGACCCUAGGCUUACUACCGUUUUUUCUACGACUUCACAUAACACGUUGGUCGGCGAAAGCGGUGAUCGAAUCGAUGUUGAUAGUGGUACAAAUAGUAGUAGAAGAGAGAUCAUCACGCAUGAACAACGAAGUUCUGCUUCCGGGGAGGUUUGCUAG